UCUCACACGCGCUCCGCCCGCGCCGGCCCCACGCGCGGCCCAUGUUCUCCGCGCCACCGCGCUCGCCCACGCCGCGGCCUCCCAGGAUGAAGAAGGACGAGUCGUUCCUGGGCAGGCUGGGCGGCACGCUGGCGAGGAAGAAGAAAGCCAGGGAGGUGAGUGACCUGCAGGAAGAAGGCAAAAAUGCCAUCAACUCGCCGAUGUCCCCUGCCUUGGUGGACGUUCGCCCUGAAGACACCCAGCUAGAGGAGAAUGAGGAGCGCACGAUGAUUGACCCCACCUCCAAGGAUGACCCCAAAUUCAAGGAGCUGGUCAAGGUUCUCCUGGACUGGAUCAAUGACGUGCUGGUGGAGGAGAGGAUCAUCGUGAAGCAGCUGGAGGAGGACCUGUACGACGGCCAGGUGCUGCAGAAGCUCCUGGAAAAGCUGGCAGGCUGCAAGCUGAACGUGGCCGAGGUAACACAAUCCGAAAUCGGGCAGAAACAGAAGCUGCAGACGGUUCUGGAAGCGGUGCAUGACCUGCUGCGGCCCCACGGCUGGGCGCUGCGGUGGAACGUGGACU